UUUGGCGAUUGCCACACAUAUGCAGUUGUUCGCCUAUCCUCUGCAGCGCUCUCUUGGAAUAUACGGCAGGGUGUUCUUGAGCGGCGGAGCUACGAGGUAGUGUCCUGUCUUCCCUGGUGUGAUGUGAAGAACCACGAUCAGCUGGACAGCUCCUCGGAACAACGCGCUCUCACCGAGACCCGAACGAUCGACGAGCCGGCACAACGAACCUCUUGGAAGUUGAGGUCCAUAAGCGAUGCGAUGACUAUCCGAUGGUCCUGAGUCGGACCAGUCCUCGCCUAGGCGACGGCCAGCCAUAAUCCGCCUCUUUGGGGCAUCGACGGCAUUCUGUCAGAACGUUUGGAUCGGCAACGCUUUCAUCCCGUCCCGGGAGGUCGUCGGGAGCUGAUCAGUGCUUAUAGUUUCUUAUUACCAUGGCUGCAAAGAACAAAGAUAAGCCUUCGGUAUUCAGCCGCUUCGCCGUAGUGGUUCUAGCCGUUUUGUAUAGAAUGCUCACGCUACAUCAGUAUAUGAGUUUCGUGUUCUACAAAAUGAAGCAUGGGAUUCGAUACCUCUGGGAACGAUGCCCAGAAAAGCUGCUUCACAAUAUUCAGAAGAGACCAGAUCAUUUAGCGAUCGUCUUCAGUGAGCCCGAGAUAAGCUUCGGCGAUGUUGCCAAACUCAUCUGUUGGUGUCAUGAAGCAGGAAUAAAUUAUGUGACGCUGUAUGAGCCGAGAGGAAUCCUCAAAAAGUCAGACGAGAAACUACUCCGCAGCAUCCAGAAGCUCGCGCCGAGCAAAUUCAGUAUCAAGUUCCAUUCUUUCAGCUCGGCUGACCACCAAGAAGUCGAUUCAAUCGACGCAGUUCGGGAGGAAGUUCACGUCCACUUGGCAGCAGCCGAGGACGGCCGAGGAGCCAUCGUGGAAGCUGCUAGAAAAUUGCAUCAAGUUCAGACAGGAGUCACCAUGAAGAGUGUUGAUAACAUGCUCAAAGUAACCUGUGAUUGGCCAGAACCAGAUCUGUUAAUACGUUGCGGUGGUCUGAAUUCGCACCUCGGUUUCCUGCCCUGGGCUCUGCGUUUGACUGAAUUCGCGGAUCUGUACUCUCAUCACCGACUUUUCCCAAGCGAGUUCCGAGACAUUCUCGCCACGUUUUCGAUCACAGACAGGCGUUGUGGUCGGUGAUUCCUUGUUGCUCGAUCAGUUGAUUUUACGGUGUUCGCAUUGUACACAAAACUAUAUCAUCAUCAAUAAACACACAUACAGCGCAGGGAGGCUGCUUACGCGAGCU